UCUCCGAGAACAAAAAUCUAAUCAUUCUCUACACUUUGUGACUUCAAUCCCCUCACUCACAUUUUUCUCGGUUUUUCCACAAUUGUUCUUCUCUUUACAUUUCGAUACUCUGCAUACUGGUUCAAGCUCUUCUCGGCAAUAAAAAUGGCCGCCGGCAGAUCCAUCUUGCCGCAGCAACACUUGUCUAAUCGCUCUCGCUUUUCCUUUUGCAUUUUUACCCUUCUAGUUCUACUGAUGUUGGCUCCAGGGUUGCAGGGAUCUCCUACGCAUCGUAAAAGGGGGAUUUCAUCAGUGUUUUCUUUGUUUAAUCUCAAAGCAAAUAGCAGAUUCUGGACUGAAUCUGUGUUACAUGGUGAUAUUGAUGAUUUGGAAGCAUCCGUUCCUGGAAAGAGUGGAGCCCUUAACUACUCGAAGGCAGGGAACCUUGCAAAUUAUUUAAAUCUUCAGGAAGUCGAUUCUAUGCAUUUUCCAGUUCCAGUGAAUUUCAUUUUCAUUGGAUUUGAAGGAAAAGGAAAUCAAGAAUUUAAGCUUCAAGCCGAUGAACUUGAGCGAUGGUUUACAAAAAUUGAUCAUGUUUUUGAACAUACACGGAUCCCACAAUUUGAAGAAGUACUGAAUCCAUUUCACAAGAUUGAUGUUGAUAAAGGGAGUCACCAUUUCCCUACGCUGAGUCAUGUAAACUACAAUUUCUCUGUUCAGGCUAUACAAAUGAGUGAAAGGAUUACUUCUGUUUUAGAGCGAGCCAUUUAUGUUUUAUCGCGGAAGGAUGAUAUCUCAGGGGAAAGUAAAGAGUCUUUGUGGCAAGUAGACCUGGAUAUGAUGGAAGUGAUUUUCAAUAGCCUCAUUGAAUCUUUUCAACUUGAGAAUGCAUAUAACAUUUUUAUUUUGAACCACAAGCACAAUGCUAAUUUAACUAGAUAUGGAUACAGGAGAGGGUUGUCUGAAUCAGAGAUAAACUUUCUAAGACAGAAUACAACCUUGCAAGCUAUAUUACGUGAAUCAAAAAGCAAUCCCGAGAGUACUCUUGCAAUUGAAAAGAUUCACAUACCUCUAUACGAAAAGCACCCAAUGGCUAAGUUUGCAUGGACAACAACAGAAGGAACUGAUUCGGUAGAGUGGUUUAAUAGAUGGUCAGAUGCUCUAGAUAAAAUUGAAAAGUUGUAUCAAGGAAAAGAUACAGAUUAUAUAAUUCAAAUGAAAGUUUUGCAGCUAUUGAAUGGUAAAAGUGGAGAUCUAAAGCUUGCUUUGCGAAAGGAGCUUAAGUCUGGGGAUCUGAGCAGCCUUUAUGCUGAGUGUCUCACAGAUACAUGGAUAGGAAAAGACAGGUGGGCGUUUAUUGAUCUUAGCGCUGGUCCUGUUACUUGGGGUCCUGCUGUUGGAGGACAAGGUGUUCGCACCGAGGAAAGUUUGCCAAACAUAACAAAAACAAUUGGUGCAGUUGCAGAGAUUUCAGAAGAGGAAGCUGAAGAUCGUCUGCAAGAUGCUAUUCAAGAAAAAUUUUCAGUUUUCGGGGAUAGAGAACAUGAGGCUAUUGACAUCCUUCUUGCAGAAAUUGAUAUCUAUGAACUUUUUUCUUUUAAACACUGUAAAGGAAGGAGAGCUAAGCUUGCCCUUUGUGAAGAACUUGAUGAGAGAAUGCAGGAACUGAAGAAUGAGCUCCAGUCUAUGGAAGGUGACGAAUACGAUGAAAAUCACAGGAGAAAAGCUGUGGACGCGUUAAAGCGAAUGGAGAGCUGGAAUCUAUUUAGUGAUACCGCUGAGAAGUUCCAAAAUUACACAGUUGCUCGUGAUACCUUUUUGUCACACUUAGGCUCAAUAUUAUGGGGAUCUAUGAGGCAUGUCAUAGCUCCUUCAGUUGCUGAUGGACGUUUCCAUUUCUAUGAGCAAAUAUCUUAUCAGCUAUUCUUCAUCACUCAAGAUAAAGUCCGGAAUGUUAAGCUUUUGCCUGUGGAUAUAAAGGCUAUAACGGAUGGGCUAUCAUCUUUGUUAUUAUCUUCUCAGAAGGUGAUGUUCAGCCAACAUAUGUUGCCACUUUCAGAUGAUCCUGCUUUGGCUAUGGCUUUCUCUGUUGCUCGGCGAGCAGCUGCUUUGCCAAUGUUAUUUGUCAAUGGAACUUAUAAAAAGGUUGUCUCCAACUAUCUUGAUUCUUCCAUUCUUCAACAUCAACUGCAGAGGAUCAAUGACCAUAAUGCACUAAAAGGAAUGCAUGCUAAUAGCAGAUUGACGUUGGAGGUUCCCAUUUUCUGGUUCAUCUAUAGUGAUCCAUUGUUGGUUGACAAAUAUUAUCAGGCAAAAGCACUUUCUGAUAUGAUCAUUGUUGUUCAGUCAGAAGCCUCUUCCUGGGAAAGUCAUUUUCAAUGCAACGGGCGCUCAAUACUUUGGGAUUUGAGGAGGCCAGUAAAAGCUGCAAUUGCUGCUGCUUCUGAACAUUUAGCUGGUUUGCUUCCUCAUAGUCUUGUGUACAGUCAUGCUCAUGAAACUGCUAUCGAGGAUUGGAUAUGGUCUGUCGGCUGCAACCCUUUUUCUAUUACCUCUCAAGGCUGGAGAAUCUCUCAAUUUCACUCAGAUACCAUUGCGAGGAGCUAUAUUAUCACGGGCCUUGAAGAAUCUAUCCUGCUUGUGAAUUCAGCUAUCCACCGUCUAGCCUUGGAGCAGACUACUCAAAAAUCGUUCAAGCUUUUUAAGGCCCAGGAGCGUGACCUCAUAAACAAGUAUAAUCUUGUCGUUGGUUUGUGGAAAAGAAUUGCUACUGUUACUGGAGAGUUGCGGUACUUGGAUGCAUUAAGGCUUCUCUACUCCUUGGAUGAUGCAUCCAGAGGUUUCAAUGAGAAAGUGAAUUCAACUAUAGCGUUCCUGCAUCCAAUUCACUGCACAACAGAAAGGAAGGUCGAAGUGGUGUUUGACAUAACAACCAUUCCAGCAUUCUUGAUUGUCUUCCUUAUCCUUUGGCUGGUUCUAAAACCAAAGCGAGCAAAGCCUAAGAUUAACUGAUGUCUGUUGUGGCGCACUUUUUUUGUGGAGGCUAAUAUAAGUGCAGAUAUAGGAACUUUUUUUGUUUACAUUGAAUUUUGUAGAGCAGCAAUGAAUGAAAUUGUUUGUAGAGAAUCUUGUCUAGAGCCCUUUUCGGCUUUCGCAACGUGCAAAUAUACAUCAGCUCCAUCAGUGACAUCACAAAUUGUUGUAUGAGACGGUUUCACCGAGAGAUAUGCCUCAAUAUAUGGGGAGACAGUCUCUCACGAAAGUAAUUCAAAGAUCAUACAGUACAACAUUAUCGCAAAA